CACCACUGACAGCAGCAGUUCUUGCACAAACUGGUUACAUAAACUUGAGAACUUUUCAUCUUUACCUAUCAAAAGGCAUUGAUUGUUUUCAAUACUGAUUAAAUGACUAUCUAAGAUUUACCCGCUUGUUUUCAAUUCUGAUUAAAUCUAUCGUUUACCUUUACCUAGAAGUAGCAAAAAAAAAUGGCGCGUUUGGUUUACUUGAAGGAGUCUGAAUAUAAAGCGCAGAAAGCGCUAGUGGCUGCAAAAUUCUGCGGGAUCAAGUUGGAAUCGAAACAAUACAAUGCAGCGACCGAUAGUAUGGGUACAAUUACAACUUAUCUUUGUGUCAUAUUAGAGCUAGAAGAAAUCCAUCUUCAGCGGCAUCUUCCGUCUUUUUUCCCUUGAGAAACGGGACCAAGAUGCCUGUGAGGAUGGAUUUCUUCUAGCCUUAAUCAUAGUAGUUUUUUCGUUCUUGUAUGUCUAUUUGUAAAUUUCUAGUUGAGAACAAAUACAGGAGGAAAAGAGGUGUCCUCAUGAGUACCGCGAACUCUUUUCUUCUAAAAAGCACAAACACAAACACAAACAUCUACCCCAAACACAAACAUCUAUCCCGAAAAUACAGACCACAAUCCGUGGAAGCGAUUGCCAUUUCUAGAGACGGAAGGAGGUGUUAUCGCCAACAGUAACGCAAUUGCGCGUUACGUUGCUCGCAUGCGACCUGACUGUUCGCUUUUCGGGUCGAAAUUUAGUGUUAAGGCUGUUAAAAGGACUCAUAUAAUUAAAGAAGCACAAUGCACACCCGUCAAUAUAAUUGGCUGGGUAUAUCAUCAUCAUCGUCAUCUUUGGACGUAUCCUUGGAACUACGUAUGGAGGAGUAUCCACCUAAGGGAAUAAUACUCUCCCAUAGUACUUUUCAAGGAUGCACUUGAAAGAUGAAUUACGGACAGCUCUAAUAGUGAAGCCUGCCAAGUCGAUUCGUGGAUGGAGUUUUGCACCCGCGAAGUAGAAGUCCCAGCUGGAGUGCUUGUGUACUUUGAUGUUAUACAUAGUUACUUGUGACAAUGUCGUACUGUCGUACUGGGACAAGAAGGAACUGUUGAAGCUAACUUUUUUCAUGGGUACCUACACGACUAAAAAUCUCUCUGUCUUGGUUCCUAAUCAUGUGAUUACGAUCGACUUCCGAGAUUCAUCAUUGCGUAACAAAAAUGAUUCUACAAUAAUCAACAGGUGGUCUCAUUUGAAGUACAUCGAUACUCCGGCACCAGCGACUUUGACCUCGGCCGCAGCUGAUCUUACGGCAGCACUCUCUCUUAUGGAGACUCAAUUAAGCAAGACCGCAUUCCUUGUCGGUCGAGAGGUACCAAAUGUCAUCUUAAUAUCUUGCUUGAUGGCGUCCUCGUUCAAGAACCAGGAUGAGUACAACUAUGCUGAACUUCAACUUCCGCUGUUCGAACAAGACGAAAUAUUUCAACUUAUUUUUCACUUCCUUGGAAUAUGUUUUUUGACUAUCUAAGGUUCACAAGCUUACUUUUCACUUCCUUUACGCAAAACAACAAUCAAUCACAAUGUCUUCCUGUACUUCUUUCUUCAUCUUCCACCACACACUUCACAAAGGUCACUCUUGCGGAUAUCGCUUUGGUGUGCAGUUUAGCGGAUGUUUUUCGCUAUGCUCUGGACGAGACCUAUAGAAAGCAGUUUCCGAACCUAAUGGCUUGGUACGGCAAGUGUCUUGACCUUCCGCAAUUCCAGUCUGUGCUUCCUGCAAAAGUGGAAAUGUGCAAAGAGUCGACGUUUUCUCCGCCUGCACGUGGGGCGUCGACCACAGGUGGGGCAAAGGUGACAGCGCCAGCACAAGCACCAAAAGCUGCUGCUCCUGCACAGGCACCCAAGGCUGCUCCUGUGCCGAAAGUGAAAUCCACCCCAGCACCGAAAGCAACAGCAGCUCCGAAAGCUACCCCAGCAGCAGCUCCAGCCGCAGCUCCAGCCGCAGGUGCAGAAUUGAAAGGCACACCAGAAGAACAGGCUGCUUUGCAGGCAGCGAAGGACAAAGUCCGAGAAUUGAAAGCAGCAGGUGCCGAUAAAGCGGCUGUGGAAGCCGCCGUGGCGGAUAUGAAGCGUUUGAAGGAAGUCUGCGGUGAAGUCGACCCGCCGAAAAAGAAGAAGAAAUAAAUGCUUUUUAAGGGAAAAGACGAAGAAGGUUACAUACACGUGCUUCUCAAUUCACAGAUCGAAGAUUAAGAGGUGCUCUAGCAGGGAGGGAGAAGAUAACAUAGAUGAAUCAUAAGGCAAUUCUUACUGUCAUUUGUUGAAUUUAUUUAAAUAUUCGAGGUCAAACAUCACUAUCAUGAGAAGGAGACUCCAAUGCAUGACUACGGAUUUUAUCGCGACACCUCCAUAUUACGAUCGAAUUGAAGUAUUUGUGCCCCACUUCUGAAGACCCAUCCCAAAACUUCUUUUUGCAGACAGAUACAACGCACUUGCUGCUGCAUUUGUUGAGUCAAAGUUUAUCAGGUAAACAAACACAAACACUUCUACUCCCCAUCCUCUGAGAGGAAGAAUAAAGACUUCUCUCGAAGUAGGUUGGUGGUUUACCAUACAUGUGCUUUGAGAGUUGUUCAGAA